UUUGACGUGAUGCGGCUCAAACCAAAACAUUAAUAAGAUGCGAGUAUGUAUUGAUCACAAGAAUAAAUUAUGCUGUUGUAAAUGACGUAAAUACAAGCAAAAAACACAAGAUAUGAUCCGGUUUUCUAAUGAUUUUACAGCAUCAACAAUGAAUGCACUUAAUUGUUUUUGACGUUUAAAAUGUGUUUUUAUAGUAUGGAGUAAAAUUGUUGGAGAAAGAAAUGGCUAAACAUAGCCUUUCUUUGGCACCAUCUAGCCAACAUUUAGAAGUGUUUAUUAACAAAAGGACUUAGAUCUUGCAUACAAAACAUGGAGUCUGUUGGAGAUUACGAGUACAGCAAGAAGGACCUUAUUGGUCAUGGGGCAUUUGCUGUUGUAUUCAAGGGACGACUGAAAAAGUACCCAGAGCGGACAGUGGCCAUAAAGAGUAUUACCAAGAAGAACAUUGCUAAAUCUCAGAACCUGCUUAGCAAGGAGAUAAAGAUUCUCAAGGAGCUGUCCAGCUUACAUCAUGAAAAUGUUGUACAACUUAUGGAAUGCAAGGAGACUACAAACCAUGUGUACCUGGUUAUGGAGUACUGUAACGGUGGUGACCUGGCAGAUUACCUACAAGCCAAAGGAACACUCAGUGAGGACACAAUCUCAUACUUUCUGAAGCAAAUUAGUUUUGCGAUGCGUGCUCUUAAGGACAAGGGUAUUGUGCACCGUGACAUGAAGCCCCAGAACAUCCUGCUGUGCUUCCCACCAGGCAACAAGAACCCCGUGGCAUCACAGAUCAGUCUCAAGAUUGCUGACUUUGGGUUUGCCAGGUUCCUACAGGAUGGAGUGAUGGCCGCCACACUGUGUGGCUCUCCCAUGUACAUGGCCCCUGAGGUGAUAAUGUCCCUGCAGUAUGACGCUAAGGCUGACCUGUGGAGUAUUGGAACGAUUGUGUUCCAGUGUCUCACAGGCAAGGCCCCCUUCCAGGCACAGACACCACAGCAACUCAAACAGUUCUACGAAAAAACACUCGAACUACGGCCUAAUAUUCCCUCAGGGACCUCGCCAGAACUCAAAGAUCUGCUGCUAAAACUUCUCAAGAGGAAUGCUAAGGAACGCAUUGAGUUUGAUGACUUCUUUGUUCAUCCAUUCCUGCAGCCAGUGUCACCAGCAGCAUCUUCUUCCCCAGUACCGGUUCCCGGAAGGAGCCCAAGCUUCUCCUCUGACAGCCCCAUCUCCCUGAAGGCCCACUCUGCCUCGCCCCUGUCGGGCAAGAUGGAGUACUCACCAUCUCCCCCUUCCAUACAGUCUCCAAGGUCAAAGACAUCCAGCAAGCUUGAGACGGUGGCAUCCAGUCAUAAGCAAGGGUCAAGUCGUGAGAGCAGUGGGUACAUGAAGGUUGCUAAGGAAAUGGGGGCUGGUUCCCAGGCUAGCACACCAACAGAGGACUUUGUGAUGGUGCCAGAAGCUCUGGGCUCGGACCACUCUGACCCAGGUGACAAGGCUCGAAUGUCCACUGAAGAACGCCUGCUGGACAAUGCUAACACAGUCACCAUGACCCCCGGGUUGGGAGCAGUCGUGUUCCAGAAGGAAUCAACCCCAAGCCCCAUACCGAGUCGGCCCUCCUCCCUUCAGGUUGCCUCUCCUGGAAGCACCCCGCCCACUACCUCGCCUAUUCCAGUACCCACCCAGGUGGCAGCAUACAAACGCAUGUGUAACUCCCCUACCAGUCCGCUCGCACAGAACAGAACUGUCAAUGAUCUGAGCCUCACCAGAAAGAUGGAGAUGGCACGUAAAGAAAGUCUUCCCAGGAACGGGUCUGACCCCAAGCUCAGCGUGGUGGACAUAUCUCCCCCUGUGCGCUUCAACAUCGGCACGCCCCCAGGGGUCACGGGGUUGCCUGGGUCCUGGAGGCGGGGCAGUGUGUCCAACUCUCCAAACAAGUAUGGGUCAACCCCUCCCUCGCCGCUCAAGAAGUCAGGCUCGGUACCUGCACACCUGUCUCCAGUCUCUUUCACUGGCCCGUCCUCUCUGCCCACAAUAAUGGACUCUCCUACAAAAACGCCAAGCACCCUGCACUACCCUACCAACCUGAAUGAGAUGCGUCCAGGACUGGUCAGCAAUGCGGCAUACCUUAGACACCAUCCAUACACUGUGCCAGAGAAUUUGCAGGCGAUUGAAUUCAAUGGGAAUGUGUUGGGUAGGCUAGGUACUGGUGCAGACAGGGGGCGUACGGCUGAGGGAACCAGCAUGUUGUCCCAGCAGCUGUUCAAGGCAGCCUUUGGAAGUCCACCAGCCCAUGGGUUCAUAUAUGAACUUUGCUCUCCCACAGACACCAGCAGGCAUGUGAUCCCGUUUGCGGGGUUCAGUUCUGGCAGUAGAGAGAGAAUCAACUCCGGGGGCAGUGAGAAGUCUGACAGAGGAACAGGAUUUACCCGACGGGUACCUUCCUUGGAACACUCCCCACCCGCUAUGUAUGCUCAGUCUCCGUCAAAUAUGGAAGGACCUAUCGCCUUUGUGGUUCCAGAACUUUCUGAAGAGACGCUGAUGGAUGAUAACCACAACGCCACGCUGGGCAAGUUGAACUUUGUGCUGGACUUAGUGGAGUGUAUCCUGGAGGUGGCACGCUCUCGAGGGGCCCCACUCAGUGCAUUCUCUGAAAGUGUCAGCGUAAAACAGGGGGAACAACUCUCCGAUCAGGCGACGCCCCGUUACUCUGAGUCCCAGAGGCGUCUGGAGCAGCUGAUACUGCAUGUGCGCGGCCUCCACCUGCUGUCCUCGGCCCUACAGCUGGCCAGGGAUGAGAUCAAGGCUGCCAGGCUCAUCAUCUCCAACGCUGUCAAGACUGUUGUGAAGCAGAUGAACGAGCACUACCACUUGUGUGUCACUGUGAGUCGCCAGCUGCAGCAGAAGCUCGGGUCGUCGGUGCAGUCCGCACUGAGUCCACAGAUUGUCAUAGCAACUGCAGACAAGCUCAUCUACAACUACGCCAUCGAGAUGUGUCAGACAGCUGCCUUGGACGAGUUGUUUGGCAACCCCCAUGAGUGUUUCCGCCGCUACCAGACUGCUCAGAUCCUGUUGCACAGCCUUGCACAGCAGUCACGAAACACUCGAGAUAAGGAGUCCCUCAAUAAAUACAAAGCUGCUGUGGAGAGAAGGUUGUCCAAUCUACAAGGGCAGACGUACUAUGAACAAGCUUACCAGAUACCAGCUUAAAUAUAGUGGCUUGUAACCUACAGGGGGAGGUCAAGGUCACUAAGUUUGGCCAUCAUGCACUGACACAAUUUUCAUCUGCUGCAAUUUGAUAAGGCCAAUAUUUCCCAUAUUGGAAUCAAGAUACUUGUCACAAAUACAUGUGUUUUGGCAAACUUCAGUAGCGUUUCAAAUGCUGUGCUAAAUGUAAAGCAUCAUAAACAGCUGUGGAGAAUGUGGGGCUGCAUAUACAAAUUAUUUCAAAUUAAUGGAUACUUAAAUUAUAUGCAAAGAAAUCAGGUUAACUUAUGUGUAUGUGUAAACAAAAGAUGCUGGUAAACUGUCCAAGAGGUGCCAAUUAGAUCUUCAGAGUUGCAAAUGAUCUACAAAGUAUCUAAAGGAAUUGUAUAUACAUGUAAAUGUACAUAUUAGUAAAAAGUGACUGAUCAGCAUUUUUCCAUUUUUAUCUUCAGGCAAUUGAAUAUAUUAAUUGUAAAUAUAUAUGAUGAUAUUAUGUACAAGGUAUUGUGGUUCAGUAAGAAGCUAUUGCUUAUGUAAAACGUUAGAUUUUCUGAUUCUUAAUUGACAAAUAUUGCAAUAUGUAAUGAUGUGAAGCUCACUAUAUGUGUAGUUUGAUAAAUAUACUAUAUGAGUCUCAGUCUAAAAAAAUUGGGUUUAAUGCAUGUGUCGUCACAGAUUGGACAGGCAAAUCUAGUACAACACUGUUCACACAUGCAUUUAGCCCCGUUUCCACGGAGAAGUGCUCAAAUAUAAAGCUGUUAUUAGUAUAUAUUAUACUGUUGAAAAAUUCAAGCUGAAAAAAUAAUUUGAAUAAAUUUAGUUUGAUUUUGAAAUUAAAAAAGGCGCAAGUGGUUGUGGUGAUAUGUACAUAGUUGAAAUAGCUGUUUUGUGGAUAUUGCCACGUAUUGUGGCUUUAUCUAUAAGGGGAGUGUCCUUUUACUUUAACAAAAACAGGGAAGCAUGUCCAGUUGGCAAGUGGUUGUUGGUAAUGCCAGAUAAAUGUGGAACCUUCUCUUGUGUACUUUUUUGUGAAAUGGGAUAUAAUUGUGUGAACCUGCAUGUUGAAAAUAUAUUGUUAAAUGCUUUGCAGAUUUUAUGUUUGGUGGACUAAUGUGUGGAAAAACUAAGCUGCAAAAGCAGACUGUUAUGUGCUGUCAAGAGUUUUUGUGCUGAAAAAAAUGUGUUUUGUGAUAAAGGCUUUUAGUGUUGGACAAUGUUGACAACGGGAUACUAUAACCAUGUGCUGGUGAAGAAAAGAGAUAUAAAUAAACUAUGAAAUGUUGUGCAAUGUUUUACUUAAAACACAUGGUGAGAUUUUGUGUUGAAGAAUGGAACUGUCAGGCAAUUGAUUGAACAGCGACAAGUUGUUUUUGAAGCAACUUAGUGUUAGUGAUAUGUUUAUGUGAACAAAUGUCACAGCAAUUCUUUGUUCAUAUUUUUUUACCUCAUUGUAUUUAUCUGUUACCACUUUGUUGGGUUACAGUCCACUUGGUAGUUAACUUUGUUGGGUUACAGCCCACUUGGUAGUUCACUUUGUUGGGUUACAGCCCACUUGGUAGUUUUGAAGCUUUCCUAUUUUCAGUAUUGUGGUAUACUUAUGUUGUAGUGUUUUUGACUUUUAUUUUGUGUUUGCAGAUCUCAAUGUUUGUGUGAGCAUUGCCUUUGCAUUUGACUUUUGUUUUGUUGACAAAUACAUUCAAAUCCAUAGAAAUGCUUAUUAAGUGUCAACAAUAUUUAUUGAGCUUUCAGUUGAAUGAAAUUGACAUACAUUUUAUUGGAUUUGAUUGUUAAGAUUGCAAGUUUUAUUGCCUGAUACGUUAAAUACAACACAAAUCCUAUCUUAUGGUUUUGUUCUGAGUAUUAUAUCGCUUUUAAAUGUUUUCCAUGUAAUCCUGUGUAGUGUGCAAUAACAAAAGUGCUUUCAAAAAUAGCAACUUAAAGUCGUCUCAGCUGAUUGGCUCUAGCAGAAUAUCUAAAUAGUUAUUAUAGAAUCUGUUCAUUUAAUAUAUAUAAAUUCCAGACUAAAGUGCAUCAAAACAUGUUAGUUGCUUGUAAAUAAUCAGAAAUGUUGUUAACAGUUAUGGUUUUGUAGAGUGAUCUUGAAAGAUUCAAAAAAAAUGUGAAGAAAACAGAUAUUCUGGAUUUCUUUUUUGAUGAUGUGUGAAAUGAUUGCAUUGGUAGCUGGUUUGGUAUGGUGUACACAGAACAGUAAUGUUCAUGAAAUAGCAGAAAUUGGGAUGAAUUUUUCGAUAUAUUAUCAUGUUGUUUCUGUUGGAAGAAUUUUGGUAUUAUGUGUAAUAUAGUUUAUUUAAAUGGUAUUCGAUUAUGUUGAUGGUGACAGUAUCUAGUUCAAAUGUAAGAUAUUUAAGUUUUAUUUGUUUAAAUGAUUUUAUGAAUUAACAUAAUAAAUUGCCUUUAAAUUGCAAAUGCAUUUUUAGUUGGUUUUAUGCCAGAUAUGAAUAAUAUGUUCAUUUAAUUAAAAACUGCCAUUUUGGGUUCUAAAGACUGUCACAGGUGCACGUUUUUGUUGUUAUUUUGUCAUUUAUCCAUUAUUGCUUGUGAGGUGUUUGUCACCUUGGGAAUGAUAUUUGCUUGGUUUUAAGUCUUUCAAGUUUGUUUUAGUGAUUGUUCUUACUAUAUUUAUUUGUGUGCAUUUCUUGUAAAUUUUUAUUAAACAGUAUACUCCUUGCCACCCUAUAACUUAUUCAAGUAAUUCGAAAUUGGCUUUAUAAUGUGAACAUACAUAAUUGACUUCAACUAUUUCUAUGGCCUUUAAAACUUGAAGCUAGUAGUCACAAAUAUCAGUGAAAUUGUUUUUCAUGUAAUAUGUAAAUUUCUGCCGUUUUGUGCUAAUUCAUGAAGUUACUCCAACAGUAUGUUUAUUUAAUUGCUAUGAAUUCACAUUAUAAUUUUAAGCAAAAAAAAAUGUUGGACUGGGUUGAUUUGAAUGUGAAAUAUUUUAGUCACAAAAAUGUGAUCUUGCCAUGUACUGCAUAAACAAGCAGUUGCUUUUAAGUACAUAGGGAAGGCUGUUUUGUCUCAUGUAAUUCAAUUCUUAAUAUGUAACUCCUGUUGCUGACGAUAUUUGAAUUUUGACUAAAAGCAUUCAAUAAAUUAUUUAAAUAAACCUGAUCAAAUACUUUUUAUUUGUAUUUUAUGAAGACAUUUUUAUUUCGGGAACAUCUUUGUUUGCUUAUCUGUGAAUAUUUUAUUUUGAAGUUUUACCGCUAAAUACCAUGAAAAGAGUUUGUUCGAUGAUUCUGCGUACUAGCUUUUUUCGUUUUUUGCCAAAUAUGAAGACCUUGUCUUUGAAUCAGUUAUGAUUGUUAUUAAUCUAUAAUUGUAUUCCAUGUUGUGAAAUGUCUUAUUCAUACAAAACUCAAUAUAAUAUGCAACUUAC